AUGACCGUCCCCAGCAUUGGGGACAUCUUGAUGCUGUCGCAGAAAGCAUGGAAAAUUGGACGAACCUUUUAUGCUUGUCAAAAGAACGCGCCAGCGGAGCUCCACUAUGUUGAGAUGGAAAUCGGUAGUUUCGCGAAAGCAUUAAAACUGUUAGCAGAGGCGCUGCACACUGAGUCUGAAGGGGAACUAUUUCGGGGUGCCCAUCAGGAAACAAAAGAUGGCAUUGACACCAUCCUGAGAUCUUGCCAACGAAUAAUAGACGAUAUUGACUCGCUGAUUGAUCAAUACCAAGUUAUCAAAAAGCACCGCACCGUUGGCGGGUUCGCGAUUGAACGAUCGUGGAGCGAUCUGGUUUUAGCCUCGUACAAAACGAUGAUCUGGACCACCGAGGGCGGGGACCUUGCCAAUUUGCGAGAGAUGUUACGGACACACACAAACUCUAUUACCAUCCUGGUCGAAGCACUACAAAGCAAGUCUAUGACUCGUCUAGAAAGCGUAGUUACGCCAAUGGCAGAGCUAAUUGAUCAUAUGUAUCAUUCAAUUGGAAGCCUAGAUCAGCAGCUGGACGAAGUACAUCGUAUAGUAGAGAACCUGACCAUCGCGCCACAAGAUUCGCAUGUGCCACCCAUACCAGCAAGAAAUCCUGCGCGUUCACCAACUACUGAAGUAGUCAACCCACUGAGUCAGACUCUCUGUGCUUCGACUCCACCAAACUCCCCACCCAGGGACCAAAGUACCAGAGUUUCUCUGCCUCGGGAUCCUCAGCAUCCAAAGUCGCCCAAGCAGUCCUUGCUAGUGAAAUUCGAUGAUGAUGCCUUUGUCCCAUCAUCUCCGAUGGAAAUCAUGUUUACAUCAAGAGCAUCGUCACCCUCUCAGAAACGCGUAUCAGAGUUUAGCUUCGGUGGCUCAUCUCUGCGGUACUCUAGCAGUAGUUAUGCAUCGUCUGAUGCUGGUACAAGCUCAGCCGGAUGGCAGAGUCCAUCACCAUUGUUGUACGGCUCUCAUCUCAGCCGACAACAAUCGACAUCGACUAAGAAAAUGUCGCCUCUUCCGCGGACACCGGAAGUACUCGAGCCGGGUCAAAAGACCGACAAUCGACAUCUGACGUUGCUUCCACCUCCGGCUAUGAGAUUGGGUCAACCUUAUGAGCUUGAGAGAACGUCAACGCAAACUUCGCAGGUCAAGCUAAGCCCGUUUCCUUCCUCGCCAGAGGUGAUGAAGCUUCACAGAAGCUCCACAACUGCUAGUCAGAAAGCUGCUUUUGAGAAGGAAGCUUUUCGCAACUCUGCUAUCCUAUGUGAUGUCCGCGGUUCACUAGUGGAAUACUCACAUAGAAUCAACCAAGACGACCCCAGAGACGUCGAGAUGGUUCAAGUUUCCGAAGAGUGCAGGAUCGCCGUUGUACGGAAACGCGUCACUGACCCUGAGACAAGAGCAGUGCGCGUCGUGACAUCCGUAUGGGCGUUUAGCGACGACAACACUACACGUGCAGAGCUGCGCAUGGAAGAUGAUCAAAUGUACAUCCCGUACUCUAGCUACUUCAACCCGGCCAAAGUCUCCAUCACCGUACCAUGCGAGCUCAAGUUCCAUGACAUCAAGCACGGUAAUCGGCCUGCACGUGUAGAAAAGACAAGCUGGGUCAACUACGUUUUCGACUCACCGCAAGCGGCAGCACUCUUCCAAAACGAACUAAUGGGCCGCACACUCCUCGCCACCUUCCGAACAGAGAAAACAAUGCGCAUCCACGAAGGUCUCUCCAAAUCCUUCUCCUAUGCCGAGCAAAUGUGCGGUCUCGAGAACCUACGCGUCUGGGAAGAUAACGAUACAGGCGCCAUCAUCGCCUUAAUCCAUUUCUCCGCCGAUUUCAGAAACGGAUAUCUAGCUUUUUACCUCAAUUCCUCCGUCAACCCCAUCAAAGUGAAAGACGACGGGAACAGGGAGGUAAAGAUCAAAGGUCUGAAGGUACCGAUUGACAAAGGCGAUCGCGCGAUGAGAAAAGAUAGUGUUGCGGAAGCGGCUAUCAAGGGAAAGGGAAAAGAGAAAGUAGGGAGUGGGAAGGGGAUGGAGAAGGAAAAGGUUAUCAGUGGAGCGAAGAUUGAGUUUGCGACGGAUAUGGAGAAGAGGGAGUUUUUGGAAAUGUGUAAGGAGAUGCAGAGGAACCUGAUUGAGCUGCCAGAUUUGCUAGGUGUUAAUUGA